AGCAGGGGGUCAGGCUGCAGACGGCUCUUACUUCCUGUGGCUGCAGAACGCCUCUGCUUGGUUGUCCACUGUGGAUGUGGGCAGAAUCCUGAGCACAGAGUCAGGAAACUGAGGUUUUACAUCUUGUUUUUAUUCCAUUUUAUGAAGCCAAGUUAAAAGGAACCAAAAAUUGCAAGUGUGAGUGAGUAUAUCCACUUUGGUGCGCACAGAGAAAUACUGCGAAGACAGGACGUGUGCAACAUCCUAUGUAGUUGAUUGAAGUCUGGAGGUCGCGUGUGUCAUCAUCACAUACAUGUUCCAGACUGCAUCAUUUGAUCUUUCAGUCAUUUCUUAAGCUCUGAAAGCUUCAGAACCCUCAACACAAUGAAAGUGACAGUUUUCUAGAAUAAAUUAGCACGCUGCGCCUCUUCCCCCUCCACAUAGAGGAAAAUGUCACUGGCUUUCUGAAGUGGAAUGCUCCAGAACCAGACAGCACCUGUUCAACGGAAGAACAGCGUGUUGGAGAAACGAGGCUGUGAGGGCGGACUGUGACUUCCUGUUGUGGCUUUUGUCAAUCUGCAAACUUGAUGCAAUCUUAUCUGGUGGGCGCCUUAUGCUUAAGGUCCUUUCCAAGAGAACAUCUUCCUCAGAUUUCAUUUGUUCGGAGCGUCUAGGUACUAAAAUAUUGCUGCUUUAAGUUUGUUUUCAGUGCUAUUUUAGCACAACUAGGACAAGAAAAAAAGGUGAGGAUAUUUAAUUGUUUUUUUCUGUUUUUUUUAAUAAUUGGGCAAAUAAGAGGGAAUUGUUUGGUUGAAUUGAGUGGAACAGGAUGUGACCAAAAAGGUCAAAGGUCACAGAUGAGAUUUUCAUCUAUGAAUAUUCAUUAAAGACGCACACUUUUCUGCCUCUCUAGUUUCCUGAUCUCAGCUUUAUCCAGGGCUUUCCCGACCAGCCGACAUCCCAGGUGUCAGGAUGUCCGUCGACCCCGCCAUCGAGCUGCCUUUCUUCUAUGGAAGCAUCAGUCGCUCGGAUGCGGAGCAGCAGCUGAAACUGGGCGGCAUGGCCGAUGGCCUCUUCUUGCUCCGACAGUGUCUCCGUAAUCUUGGCGGCUACGUCUUGUCGGUUGUGUGGAACCUGGAGUUUCACCACUACUCCGUAGAGAAGCAGCUGAACGGGACUUACUGCAUCGCCGGAGGGAAACCUCACUGCGGGCCGGCGGAGCUCUGCGAGUUCUACAGCAAAGAUCCAGACGGUCUGGUGUGCAUCCUGAGGAAACCUUGUCUGCGCCCUUCAAACACAUCAAUCAAGAUGGGGGUGUUUGACAAAAUAAGAGUGAACAUGUUGAGGGAAUAUGUCAGACAGACCUGGAACCUGGAGGGGGAGGCCAUGGAGCAAGCCAUCAUCAGUCAAGCUCCUCAGCUGGAGAAGCUGAUCGCCACAAUAGCCCACGAGAAGAUGCCUUGGUUUCACGGUAAAAUCAACCGCCUCGAAGGAGAGAGGCGUCUUUACUCUGGAGCACAACCAGACGGGAAGUUUCUAGUCAGAGAAAAAGACGAACCCGGGACCUUUGCUCUUUCUGUAAUGUACGGCAAAACUGUUUACCACUAUCAGGUCGUCCAGGAUAAAUCAGGGAAGUUGUCUGUACCUGAAGGGACCAAGUUUGACACAAUCUGGCAGCUAGUUGAGUAUCUGAAGAUGAAACCUGAUGGUCUGGUAACCGUCCUUGGAGAGUCAUGCGUCAACGGAAGACCUUCUGAUCAUACGCCCAGUGUUCCUGCUACGAGGAGAUCAAAUGGAUACACACCGCCACCUAAAGCUGCAGCUGAAGCUCUGCCCAUGGACUUUGCCGGAUUCAACCCCUACCACAACCCAAAUGACAUCAAGAAGUUUAACAUUAGCAGGGAGAAGCUGCUGAUGGACGAGGUGGAGCUCGGCUCCGGAAACUUUGGCUGCGUCAAGAAGGGAGUCUUGAUAACAGAAACAGGUCAUGUAGACGUCGCCGUCAAAGUGCUGAAGAGUGAAAAUGAGAAGCUGGUGAAAGACGAGAUGAUGAGGGAGGCAGAGAUCAUGCACCAGCUGAGUAACCCCUUCAUCGUGCGCAUGCUCGGCCUGUGCCAAGGGGACAAUCUGAUGCUGGUCAUGGAGAUGGCCGCUGCUGGUCCUCUCAAUAAGUUCCUCUCCACCAAGAAAGAUACUAUAACCGUGGAGAACAUUGUCAACUUACUGCACCAAGUAUCAAUGGGGAUGAAGUAUCUGGAGGAGAAGAACUUUGUUCACAGAGAUUUGGCCGCUCGGAACGUCCUACUGGUUAACCAACAGUUUGCAAAGAUCAGCGACUUCGGACUCUCCAAAGCUUUGGGAGCAGAUGACAACUAUUACAAAGCUCGUACUGCAGGCAAAUGGCCCCUGAAAUGGUACGCUCCAGAGUGCAUAAACUUCCACAAAUUCUCCAGUAAAAGCGACGUGUGGAGUUUCGGCGUCACCAUGUGGGAGGCCUUCACCUAUGGAGGGAAGCCCUACAAGAAAAUGAAAGGCCCAGAAGUGAUCGCCUUCAUUAAAAGUGAAAAGCGCAUGGAGAAACCAGCAGCCUGUCCAGACAGGAUGUAUGCAGUGAUGUUGGAGUGUUGGACGUACAGUCACGAAGACCGCCCUGACUUCAAGAAAGUUGAGGAGUCCAUGAGGACGUAUCAUUACUCCAUAUCCAACAAGCCUAAAACCGAGGAAGCCAAUGGAGAGCCUGUGAAGUAGACAGAAAGAGGCACAUUCUACCCCCUCGCUGUGAAAGAGUCUUUUCAACCGAUCAUUAAACUACCAAAACAAAGGGUGUUUUAUGAGCGCUGCACACUGACCAGCUUUGACCACGGUGCAGAUUUAGCUAAACAGGCCCGACAGCAAUAAAUGUGCAUUUGUAAAUCGAAUCUCUGUGUUCCGGCUGUGGAAGGAGGGUCUUUGUCGUGGUUUGAAUGUUAAGUGGAUUUUUAACAGUGAUUUUUUACUUUUAAAGACUAAAUAGGUAGAAAAAAGUUUUAUUAUAUUUUUGUGUGUUUUGUUGCAUUAUUAAAAUGUGUUACUACCAUUUUUUGAAGUUCUAUAUGUGAAAAAGGCUGAAAAAAUACCCAAUAUUUGAACUUGAGUGAAAUUUAAGCCACUUUGUUAUAAGUUUGAUGAAUCUGUGACAUAAAAGAGUGUGUAAUAUAAUGUUUUGUUAAGAUACCAGCUCUUCCAACAAUUUAAAAUUGUACCAUUGUUAUUUAUUGGGGUAGUCAGAAUUUAAAAAUCAAUAACAUUAUGAUCCAUAAUUGUUUGACAGAAAAUAUUGUGCUAUUUUGUAAGUGGUUAAUGACAUAAAUGAGGUUGGGAUGGCUAGUGUCACACUGUCACAGGAAAGGCUUCUUUGCUGCCAGGCAACCAGUGACUAUAAAAAGAGAGUACACAGAAGUCGCCAAAUGAUUUUUCAAAAUAAAAGCUUUUCAAAUCUGCACGUGGA